ACCCAUCGGUGUUUCUCUGUGUCGGUGGUUCGGCGCCAUCAUCAUCAUGAGCUCGGCCGGUGGUGGAGAGUUUGGAAACCCAUUACGGAAAUUUAAGCUUGUGUUUCUGGGAGAACAGAGCGUUGGAAAGACCUCUCUCAUCACCCGGUUCAUGUAUGACAGCUUUGACAACACAUACCAGGCCACGAUUGGUAUAGAUUUCCUCUCCAAGACCAUGUACCUGGAGGAUCGCACACAGGUACGGCUGCAGCUCUGGGACACCGCCGGACAGGAACGCUUCCGCAGUCUAAUUCCCAGCUAUAUCCGUGAUUCCACUAUCGCUGUUGUGGUGUAUGAUAUUACAAAUCUGAACUCCUUCCAGCAAACAUCCAAGUGGAUAGAUGAUGUUCGGACAGAAAGAGGAAGUGAUGUCAUUAUUAUGCUUGUGGGGAACAAAACAGAUCUGGCAGAUAAGAGACAAAUCACCACCGAAGAGGGUGAGCAGAGAGCUAAGGAGCUAAGUGUCAUGUUUAUUGAAACAAGUGCCAAGACUGGCUAUAAUGUCAAGCAGCUUUUCCGUAGAGUAGCUGCCGCUCUGCCUGGGAUGGACAGCACACCUGAGAAGAGCAAAGAGGACAUGAUCGACAUCAAGUUGGAAAAACCUCCUGAACAGCCAGUGACUGAGAGCGGAUGCUCCUGCUAACAUCCCCGGUUCAAUAGCAGCCAGCAGAGGCUACACACAUCAGAAAGGAAAGCGUCUCUAUAUAUAUCUCUUAAAAUCCCUGUGUGUGGAUGCAGUGUGUGCUCCAUUUUACGAGGGGGUAAUGGGGGAGCCCCAAGAACAAACCACCUCCCUCCUCAUUUCACUCAAACUGCAUGGUAUAGUGUAAGGUUUGGAGAAUGAGAAUUUUAUGUAUAUUUUUUAUUUCUUGCACUGUGGGUGCCUAAAAUGGUGCCCUUUAAAUUCUCUAAAUGUGAUAAAAAAAAUGUAUUGGAAAGUUGUGCUGACAUGUUAUUUUGUUUACUGUGAAUGUACCAGGAUGGAGCCAGGUUACAGGGAACAGAAAUGGCAUUUGUCCUGCAUACUUGUAUUCCAAAAUUGAAUUCUGCAGUAGCCGACAUCCAACUAACUAAUAGGAAUAAAGGGUUUACAUUUUAAGAAUAAGGUUACAGUUUGUGUCUUAAUACCCUUUUUCCUUUCAGGCCUUUUUUCCUAAUGUCUCAAUGUAACAAUGUUUGUUUACAUUUUUAUUUGUAUUGUUUUCUUUCUUGCUGACCAGGCUGGCUGAUUUCUACCCUUGUCCUUGUUAUGCUCACUCUCGCCUUCUGUUUGUUUUUGCAUUGUCUCUGCAUAAUCAAAAUAACCAUAUGUAUGGUUAUGUACUGUUGAUUAUUUUACAGUUGUCAGUGUGCAUUUAAACUUGUGCAAGUAUUCUCCCUCCUUAAGGCAGCUUGGAUAUAUUAAUAAAAAAAUUGUUCCAAGAAGAAAAUUAAUUGAAGCUGCUACUCUGCAGUAGAUCUCUCUUCGUUUUGUUGUGUAUUGCUACAUAUUUUAAACUGUAAAAUAUACAUGCUAAUUGGUUUCUAACACCAAUGAUUACAGGUAAUACUACACACUAGGUUUGUGCUCUGUAACUCCACUGCAAAUGUAUGUAUGCUGCUACAUAAGGUUGGUUUUGUAAAAUUCAGGGAGUUGUCUUCUUCCUCUGUCUGUGAGGGCUGAAACAUUGAUAAAGAAAACAAACCUUUGAACCUGGUAUAUCACUGCACCCUCUCUGAGUUCACCUGUGGUGUUCCAUUUCCUGUUGCUCCUUUUCUAUUAGAAUAAUUGCUGUAUCCUGGUCAUGUCACAUCUGUUUUUCUGUAUACAAGGUUGGUCCUGCACUUUGGGCCAUAGCCUCUGAUGAUCAGUCAGUUGUAUUGUUAUUGCACAUUGCUGGAUUGUAAAUGAAAAAAAAUGUCUGAAAUAGUAUUGAUAAUGAAUAAAUUAUAGUGAAAAUGUUUCUCCACUUGAAUAAUCCUUGGAUGUCUUAUAUUGCGUAACUGCCCCAUAUUACCUCUUCAUAGCUGUUAACCAAGUAGGUGUGAAUAUUAAUGAGUAUCUACUAUAUAAACACAGCUGUGUGUCUCACUAAAUAAAAUCUUCGCCUAUCACAUUGUU